AUGUCGCAGACACUUGUGGACCAGCAGUCUGAGGACGCCCACGAAGUCCGCCCAAUCUUUUAUAUCGGCCAACAUGAUUCAACAAGGACGGAAACCUUGACCGAUACACAAUACGGUCAAGUUCUAAAUACUGGUUUUACUUUCGUUACAACACCAAUCGCCAACGAAAAUUUUCAUGAUCGUGUUUUGAAGCUCGCGGAAGCUAGUCUAUUGGAUGCCGCAAAUGAUGAGCAACCUGGCUCUAUUUUUGACCCAGUGGUACCUCCCAUAACCAUUGAGGAUACCAACCUAUUUCCAGGCACAUAUACAAGUGGACUCAUCGCUUAUUCUAGCCCAUGGAUCGAUCUAUGCUCUUCAAAUCAUGUUCUAUCCAGCAUUUCCCGGCAGGUUUUGAAUCUCGAGGUAUCCUAUGCAAAUUUCUGUGGUGUUAGGAGCAUUAUUAUCCCUGGGCCCCGACAUGACUCAAUCCAAACUGGAAAUGAUCGAGGCAUCGCCCAAUAUGCUCGAGCUAUCCAGGAAGCUCUUUCCAUCGGUACACGGGUCAGCAUCAUGGUCCAUAUUCCUAUGUAUCGCGAGCCUGGUUUAGAAGAGAAAGUACCAACUCUAUCCGUGCUCGACCAAGACAAUGAAGAAUCUUCGGGAAGAGAAAUCGAUCUUUUCAGUUCUUGGGACUCCUGGCAUACUAUUCGUUCUGUUUGCGACUAUGACGCUAGACUUUUCGUUGCCCUUAGAAUUCCACGAGCCCUCCCGGAGAAGGAACUUCAAACAAGAUGGUUCUCUGAACCUCUUCAAUACUUGACUUUGGGGCCACAAACGUUCCAGAUGAACAAAACCGGUUAUCCUUCCCUUAGUCGCUACCACCAGGAGAUGAUUUUCACCUACAUGCGUUUAAAGAGUACACCGUACUUUCUAUUGUAUGAUGUGGGACCUGAGGUACCGGUAGACACUAAAGCUGAGGGAUUAUCGGAGGCAAAUUUCCCAACUCUAGCUGAAGCUGCUGCACAGCCAUCCUCAAGCAACACUGGCACUUUUAGACUACUAGCCCCGAAUAACUAUACCAUAUACCUAAGAUACCUCGAGAGACAACAGGAGCCUCUAAAUGACUUGGAACAGAACACUUUGACCAAUUUCCAGGACUGGCUACAAUCCCCUCUACAGCCACUUUCGGACAACCUCGAAUCUGUCACAUAUGAGGUCUUUGAGGGCGACCCCGUUAAAUACUUCCAGUAUGAGGUGGCGAUUGCGGCAGCACUUAGAGACUGGGCUGCCUUGAAGAAACCUACAUCCAGCCCAGGAGGUGAAGUUGUCAUCGCAGUUGCUGGCUCCGGUCGUGGACCACUCGUCACACGAGCUCUGCGCGCCAGCGAAUCCACCGGUGUUCCCGUACGUGUCUGGGCUGUCGAGAAGAACCCCAACGCCUAUGUGUACCUGCUCCGACAAAACCAACGAGAAUGGAGUGGUCGUGUCACCGUCGUCAAGACAGAUAUGCGAGCAUGGAAAGGUCCUCUCCUCUCUGACCCCUCGUCCACCGACGCUCCUAUUUAUGGCAAAGUCGAUAUCCUAGUCUCGGAGCUCCUAGGUUCCUUCGCCGACAAUGAGCUCAGUCCUGAGUGUCUCGACGGCAUUCAGCAUGUCCUAGCUCCGGAAAGUGGUAUCUCUAUUCCGGCGUCGUACACUGCGCACGCGAGUCCUAUCUCGGCUCCACGUAUCUACGCUGAUAUACGUCAACGCGCGGCAAAUGCUGAUUUGACUGCUUUUGAUACACCCUGGGUUGUGCGAUUGUUUGCUAUAGACUUCGUCGCACAACGUGGCGUACCCGAUCAUCCGCGCUUCCAGACAGCAUGGGAGUUCAUGCACCCGCUACCUAAGCGCGUCAUGGAUGCCGCGGAGGCUCGUCGCAAGGGCGGUGUUGUGGGUGGUGGAGGUGGCAGUAUGUCCGGGUCUGUCGGCGCGAAUGACCAUAAUGCUAGACAUUGCCAUAUGACAUUUGUAUGUCGAAGCCGCGGCGUCGUGCAUGGUCUCGCGGGAUACUUUGAGGCGGUGCUGUAUACGCCAGAUGCCAAUUCACAGGAGCGAGAGGAAGGAGAGACAAGAGAUGAGGAGACGAAGAUCGAACUGAGCACGCUGCCGGAUAAUAUUGACCGCAAGAGCAAGGAUAUGAUUUCUUGGUUCCCGAUUUUCUUCCCGCUUAAGCAACCACUUUACUUCCCGCCGGACACAGAGUUGGAAGUCAGUAUGUGGCGACAGACGGACGAUACUAGGGUAUGGUAUGAAUGGUUGGUUGAGGCGUUCAUGUGGGUUGGCCCGACGCAGAGGGUCAAGGUUGGAGGUUCGGAUUUGUGCAGUAGCCGCAAGGUGGCCUGCUUGCUGUGA